AUGAAAUCUGCAGCCCUCCUAGCCGCGCUCGGCUCAGCCGGGACCGUGCUGGCCCACGGCCAUGUUGACUACAUCAUUGUUGAGGGCGUACAGUACCCAGGCUACGACGUAACCAAAUACCCAUGGCAGUCCGAACAGCCAACCGUCGUCGGCUGGUCCGCCACAAACACCGACAACGGCUUCGUUGAGCCCAACAACUUUGGCUCGCCAGACAUCAUCUGUCACCGCGGCGCACAGCCCGCCAAGGGCCACGCGCGGGUCAAGGCAGGCGACAGGAUCCUGCUCCAGUGGGACACAUGGCCAGAGUCGCACCACGGACCCGUCAUCGACUACCUCGCGCGGUGCUCGGGCAACUGCGAGACGGUCGACAAGACGUCGCUCCAAUUCUUCAAGAUCGGCGCGGGCACGUACAUCUCGGGGUCGCCGCCGGGAUACUGGGCGUCUGACGAGCUGAUUAAGAACGGCUUCUCGUGGGUGGUGCAGAUCCCUGCCAGCAUCGCGCCGGGCAACUACGUCCUCCGCCAUGAGAUCAUCGCCCUGCACGGCGCCCCCAAUGCCAACGGCGCCCAGGCCUACCCUCAGUGCUUCAACCUCGAGAUCACGGGAUCCGGGUCGACACAACCGGCGGGAGUGGCGGGCACCAGCCUAUACACCGCCAGCGACCCGGGCAUCCUGUUCCAGCUGUACCAGGCGCCCAUCAGCUACCGGGUGCCGGGACCGCCAAUGAUGGCUGGAGUUCCCACCACCGUUUCCCAGUACAAGAUGGUUGCGACGGCGACCAGCGCACCUUUCACGCCAGGCGGCGGGAGCCAGCCGAACCCUCCGACGAACCCUGAGCCGAACCCACCUACCUCGCAGCCUCCCACCACCACGCCCAACCCUCCACCGACAACCCCUCCGGGCAACGGAGGCGGUAACUGUGCCAGCUUAUAUGGGCAGUGUGGCGGCAGUGGCUGGGGAGGAGCAACGUGCUGUACCUCUGGAAGCUGCAGAGCCACGAACGAGUGGUACUCGCAAUGCCUUCCUUGA